AUGUCGACUCCAACAUACCCAAACUACUCUGCUACCCGCCCGCUCCAUGCCACUUCUCACCGCCUCAACACGACUAUCCCCUCCGCUUCGGCGGUGGCCUACCCCGUGACCCACGAUAAGAUCGUCAGCCCGGUGAACACGCGCAACUUCAUCGACAACGAAGCCGUCGAGUCCCAAGCGAGCGAAUGGAUUGACUUGCACGAUCCCGCUACGAACAAUCUGAUCACUCGUGUUCCACAUUCUACCCAAGCCGAGCUCAAGGCGGCUGUAGAUUCGGCCGCCAAGGCCUUCCCUGGAUGGAAGAGCACCAGUCUGCUCACUAGGCAGCAGAUCAUGUUCAAGUUCGUGGCCUUGAUCAGAGAGAACUGGGAUAGACUGGCUGCGAGCAUCACGUUGGAGCAGGGAAAGACCUUUGCCGAUGCUAAGGGUGAUGUUUUGAGAGGACUGCAGGUGGCGGAGACUGCUUGCGGUAUCACUACGCAGAUGACUGGUGAGGUUCUCGAGGUGGCAAAGGAUAUGGAGACGAGAAGCUACAGGGAACCAUUGGGUGUUGUGGCGGCUAUCUGUCCGUUCAACUUCCCUGCCAUGAUUCCCUUAUGGUGCCUACCAAUCGCUGCGGUUACCGGUAACUGCAUGGUCAUGAAGCCUUCGGAGAGAGACCCUGGUGCGGCCAUGAUCAUUGCGGAAUUGGCUAGAGAGGCCGGAUUCCCGGACGGUGUCUUCAACAUCGUCCACGGGGCCCACGACGCCGUCAACUUUAUUCUAGACGAACCCAGAAUCAAGGCUAUCAGCUUCGUCGGCAGCGACAAGGCUGGAAACUACAUCUACAGUCGCGCGUCUGCCAAUGGCAAACGUGUGCAGGCAAACCUUGGAGCCAAGAACCAUGCGGCUGUUCUGCCAGAUGCAAACAAGAAUGCCACCAUUAACGCAAUCAUCGGAGCUGCCUUCGGUGCCGCCGGUCAGAGAUGUAUGGCGCUGUCAACGUUGGUCCUGGUCGGAGAGGCCAAGUCCUGGUUGCCUGAAAUUGUCGAGAAGGCGAAGCACCUAGUUGUCAACGCCGGGUUCGAGGAGGGUGCCGACCUUGGCCCUGUAAUCUCGCCACAGUCCAAGGAGAGGAUCGAGUCUUUGAUCCAGAGCGGUGUCGACGAGGGUGCGACGCUUUUUCUUGACGGACGUGGCUACAAGCCGGAGAAGUACCCCAAUGGCAACUUUGUUGGCCCCACCAUCCUCGCGGAUGUUACCACCAGCAUGAAGUGCUACACUGAGGAGAUCUUCGGACCUGUCCUCGUCUGUCUCAACGUCGAUACUCUUGAGGACGCCAUCGACCUGAUCAACUCCAACAAGUACGGUAACGGAGUUGCCGUCUUCACCAACAGCGGUGCCACUGCAACCCGAUUCCAGCGCGACAUCGAGGCCGGACAAGUUGGAAUCAAUACUCCCAUUCCUGUGCCCCUUCCCAUGUUUUCCUUUACCGGAAACAAAGGAUCAAUCGCUGGCGGAAGUGGUCACUACUUCUAUGGCAAGGCUGGAUUGAACUUCUUCACACAACUCAAGACCGUUACUGCGCUGUGGAGAAGCGAAGAUGCUGUAGCUACAAGAGCUACCACCGUGAUGCCCACGCACUCAUAG